UUUGUGAUGCACAAACUUUAUAACUCACACCAGCUCAACUACUACUAGCAAAACUGAAGCCAUGGCUUGCAAAAAACUGCCCAGCCUUCCUACAAUAAAUCUGACCACUGAAAAUCUCAAGUCUGAUUCGAGUUCUUGGAUCGUAGCAUGCGAUGAUGUUCGUCAUGCACUUGAAGAAUACGGCUGUUUCAUCGCGGUCUAUGAUCAAUUUUCUACCGAACUUAGCAACGCAAUGGUGAAUUGUCUGCAAGAUUUUUUCUCUCUGCCCACCGAAACCAAAGUUCAGAACCUCGCCAACAAUAAAUAUUUUGGCCAUGUUGCUCCGAAUACUCUGUUUCCUCUGUACGAAAGUGUAGGCAUUAAAGCAGUGAACACACCCGAAGGAACUCAGAGUUUUACUCAUCUCAUGUGGCCUUCUGGAAACGAUCAUUUCAGCGGAACAGUGUUGGCGUACGCGAAGCAAGCAUCGGAGCUAGAACAGCUUAUCAAGAGGAUGGUAUUUCAAAGCUACGGAGUGCUGAGAAGUUGCGAUUCUCAUUUUACGAAUGAUUCGUAUAGUUACACGUUGAGAGGGACGAAGUAUACGAGCCCGAAGCAGCAGGAGUCGAAUAUAGGCCUCCAGAUUCAUACUGAUAAGACCUUUCUCACAGUUCUUCAACAAAAUGAGGUUAAUGGACUGGAAGUGAAAACAAAGAAUGGGGAAUGGAUUGGCUUUGAGAACAAAGCUUCGUCUUUUGUUAUCAUCGCUGGUGAUGCUUUUAUGGCUUGGAGCAAUGGGAGAAUACAUACUCCAUACCAUCGAGUUGUGAUGAAUGUGGGGAGCAAAGUCAGAUACUCAAUCACCAUAAAAUCAUACAAGAAUGGCAUGAUACGAACACCCGAAGAACUGGUUGAUGAUGAUCACCCUUUGCAAUUCCAAGAUUUCGAUCACCUUGGUUACACGCUAUUCACUAAUAUAGCUGAUCAGGAUAGCCCACAAGAACGUUUCGCCAAGUUUUAUUCUGCAGUACUAGGAAAAGCUAUCAAGGUCUGAAGGAACUCCUAGUUUAAGUGCAUGUUGGGUUCUUAAUAUGUGACAACUAUUAUACUUGUAAUAAGCUUUCUAUAUACCUGAUCAGUUGUGAUCAUCUCUGGGAUUGUAUCUGGUGAGAGUGAGACUAAGCCAUUGUAUCCUCUCCAUCGAAUCAAAUUAGUGGAGAAUAAAGCUUUACUACUAGGCUAUUCCGGCCAUCGAAUUAGCAGAGAAUAAAUUUUUGCAGGCUAUUUCAUCA